AGCUCUCUCUCUCUCUCUCGUUUAUUCACUUACCUCAAUUCAAGUCCCUCUUUUAUACUGUCCUACUACACGGCAUUCUUUGCCAAUACAUCUCAGACAUGCAAGAGUACUGUUUCGUCUUUUGUUGAAACAAGUUUCAGUUUUUAAGAGUUCAUGGACGAAAAGCCUCCCAAACUUACGCCGAGGCAAAGAAAAGAUGCCCAAAGUUCACCUAUAGGUUCAGAGGCUAAAGGUCAAGACAACUUGCCAAAAGAUGAAAAUUCAAAUGUUCGAAAUUUAGUUUCGAUGAUGGAAAAACAAUUAGAAACAUUCGAAACGAAUUUUUCUAAAAACGAGAUAGAGAGAAAACCUCCAAAACCGUUGCCGAGGCAAAGAAAAGUUCAAAGUUCAUCAACAAGUUCAGAGGCUAAAGGUCAAGAUAACUUGCCAAGGGAUGAAAACUCAAAUGUUCCAAAACUAGUUCUGUGGACGAAGAAACAAUUAGAAACAUUCGAAAUGAAUUUUCCUAGAAAUGAGUCUCAACUUCAAAACGAAUCUACUUUAAAUUGCUCAAAACUACCAGAAAACGUGUUGGACGAAGUAGAUCUACUCUUAAUUGGAAAAACAGGAAACGGAAAAAGCUCCCUAGGAAAUUCAAUAAUGAGGAAAGCCGUCUUUGAAUUUAACGAUACAUUAUCAACAGUGACCCAAGCUAUAGCUGAUGCUGUAUGCGAAUUUCAUGGAACCAGAAUUAAAGUAGUCGAUGGACCAGGUAUUGGAGAUAUUGAUAAAAGUCAAGAGAAAGGUACUGUUGACAUUAUAAACUCUAUGUCUGAAGCGAUAGCCAUUAACCCACGAGGCUAUCACGCAUUUCUUCUUGUUUUCAAAUUCGGCAGUCGACUAACAAGUGAAGAUAAAAACGUCAUUUCAAUCUUAAAGAAAAUUUUCGGAGAGUCCUUCUUUGUGAAAUACUGCAUACUAGUCAUGACUUGUGGCGACCAGUUUGAAAGUGAUAUCAGCAUUGACUUUCUGGAUUGGGUCGCUAACCAAAGAUGCACUGUUUUCCGAUCAUUCCUGGAAGAAUGUAGUAACAGAAUAGUCUUAUUCAACAAUAAAACUGCAGAUAAAGAAAGACAAGAAGGGCAGCUAAUGAAGUUAUUAAAUAUUGUUAAGACUUUAAAAUUACAAAAUUGUCGCUACGCGGAUGAACAUUAUUUUACUGGAAAAACCAAUAGAGAUUAUUUAACGGUAGAAGCCCAGAAAGACUUCAUUGAGGAAGAAGCGUUAAGAGAAGCAAAUGUUAUAGACGAAACACUGAAAGUUAUACUUGAUAGCACACGAUCUGAACGAAAUACUGUAUUGUUUAAAGACCUUCUUGAUAGAUCAAAGAACUUACUCAAAUAUUUAUUGGACAAAGACAAAAGUACUGGCGUUCUGGAAUCAAUAACCCAAAUUGUUUCUUCCUUAAUAUCAUCCAUUCAAGAUGAACUCAAAUUCUCUGAAAGAAUAGGAAAUGAAAAGGAGAAAUUGAAUUUAAGAGUGAAAAAAGAAAUGGCCGAGAACGCCAUGAAAAUUCAUCGACUUCAAGAGGACUACGAGCAAAAAACUGAAACAGGUAAAUUGCAAGAAACUAGGGCGAUAGAGAUGUUUUUAGAGCAGAAAAAACUUAUGGAAGAUUUAGAGCAAGCGUGGCAGCGGGAGAAACAAGAUCUCGAAAGAAAUCAUACCAUCGAAAGAUUAACUUAUGACAAACAGUAUCAGAAAUUAACAGAUCAGUUUGACGAGAUCAAAACGUCGUAUGAGAAACAGACGCGAAAACAACGUAAAGACAAUAUUUUCAAGAAAAUGUUUGAAAAGACGAAGUAGAAAAAAGUUUUGUGGUUAGAAACUCUUUUCUGCAGGUCUUAAUGGACAAAAAAAUCUCCAAUGGCAAGUUUUCACAUAGACUGUAAAAUUUCAUAUACAUUACAUUUCUAAAAUAGCACUGACUCGUCGACUGAUUGAUUGAUUCAUUUAUGUAUCAAGUGAUCUCAGCAACUGCCAUUCGGAUUCACAUGUGUUUCUACACAAGUUCUUUUUACCUUUAAGAUACUCGCUAAAAACGUUUAUCAUACAUUUAAUGCCUUAAAUUGCUAUUAGCAAAAAUAUGCUUUCUAUCAAACCUUUGUAAUUUAAUUCCAAUCUUUUUAAGAAAGACAAAAUUCUAUAUCAAAAUCAAAAUUACAAGUAGCACCAAAAAAAAAAACAACAAAAAAAAAACCUUCAGUAUUUUAAAGCAAAGUUGAACAAAACUUAUAUCAACUCCUGGUUACAGACAUGAUCCCUCCAGGAGAUGCACAUUAUACGUCGCAGGCAGCGUAGGUUGAUCAUGUCUCCAACCAGGACGUUCUAGAACGGGUCAAUAUGCACAGCAUCUAUGCCCCUCUUACACAGAUAAGACUACGUUGGCUCGGUCAUGUCACUCGCAUGCCAGAUGGAAGAAUCCCUAAAGACAUCCUAUACGCUGAGCUUGCAGUUGAAGUCAGAUCCAAGAACCGCCCAAGACUAACCUACAGAGAUGUCUGCAAGCGGGACAUGAUAGCCACGGGCAUCAAGGAAAGUAUGAGAUAGCCCAAGACCGGACAUAAUGGAGACAGAUUGUACGUGCUGGUAAAAACUUCACCGAGUGCAGAAAAAACGACGACGAAGUUGUAUCAGUCAAGAGAAAGAAGAGGAAAGCUACCUUUCAGCUAGCAGUAGGACAGAUGCAUAUCCAUGAACGAACUGUGGAAAACUCUGCCGCUCCAGCAUUGGCUUGAUCAGACACUCCAGAUUCUGCCCCGUCUCAAGACAAAACCAAAGCCAGUGACCUACCUAGGCGCAUCCAUUGUCUUCCAAGAAAGAAGAAGUCAUAUAUUUAUAUAUAUAUAUAUAUUUAGAUAUAUAUAUAUGCAUAUGCAUAUGCAUAAGGUUGCGCUUUAUCAUGGACAUACGGUGGCAAGACUGCACUACAAACAGCGAUGUCCUUGCGAACGCCGGUAUGGACUGUAUAGAGGGGCUUCUUAUGGUCCAACAGUUACGUUUGGCAAGGCACGUAUCCCGUAAAACCAACGUAUGCCUAAGGCAGUCUUUUUUGUUGAGCUAAAAGGUGGUCGACGUAACAGAUGCGUCCCACGGAAACGCUUCAAAGACCAGCUUAGGCGUCAACUUGCAUUAACUGUGAUAGAAAAGAGCACCUGGCUGCAUGCGGCUUCAGAACGAGACAGCUGGAGGUCACUCACGAAGGCCGCGAAAUACACAUUUGAGACCUAAAGAAAAUCUACUGCCGAGGACAAACGCAGACGGCGAAAAGAAAAUCUAAAUCAACCACCUGCGGACAGUGGUUUUGCUUGCCCUGGAUGUGGCAAAAUAUGUUGGCCACAGCAGGGGCUGCGCAGCCACGGGAAAUACUGCAUUCCUCACUAAGCUUCGGACUCGAAGACAAACCUUAUUAUAUAGAUAGAUAGAUAGAUAGAUAGAUAGAUAGAUAGAUAGAUAGAUAGAUAGAUAGAUAGAUAGAUAGAUAGAUAGAUAGAUAGAUAGAUAGAUAUAGAUAUAGAUAUAGAUAUAGAUAUAGAUAUAGAUAUAGAUAUAGAUAUAGAUAUAGAUAUAGAUAUAGAUAUAGAUAUAGAUAUAUAAUAAUAAUAAUAAUAAUAAUAAUCUUUAUUAUCCGUAAGGAAAUUUGUCUUACAAUUUGUGCAUUACACCAAACAAAAAAAACAUUAUAACUAUAAGAAACCAAAGUGUACAUUCACGCCAGACUCACUCAUAAUUUACAUGUGACAAAGUUUAUACCAGAUUGUUCUUAUUUAAUGAUUUGAUUGCCAGGGGAACAUAUAGAUAUAGAUAUAUAUAUCAACUCACUCUGUCUGUCUGGUAAAAAGUUUGUACAAGUUAUUUUCUCCACACCAUUGUUUAAAAAUUUUGAAAUUUUAGCCUAUUAUUUAUUUGCGAAGUGAUACAUGUAUUAAUAAAUAAAAA